AUGCGGAAGGAAGCGGAGGCGAUCCGGCGGCAGGUGGCGGAGCAGCACUUAGCAGGGAACUGCGAGCCGUGCGUGGCGCACUUUGCUGCUGCAGCAGGGUGUGGGGCCGGAGAGUUUUGCUGCUGCUGCCACGACCCGCAGCACGAGCAGCAAAACUCGCCGCUGCACUUCCUCGUGCUGCUGCACCAGCAGCAGCGCUGCCUGCCCUGCGCCCCCACCCACAGCGGCGAGCAGGGCUGCCCGGGGGCCUCCUGCAGCUACUGCCACCACCCCAGCCACGGGGACAAAGGAGACAAAGAGAGACACUUUUCCGUGGUUUUGCACAAGAGAAAAGUCUGCAGACCUUGUUCUUUAUUCCUCCUCGGCACUUGUCCCAAGGACAGUCUCUCCUGCACCUUCUGUCACAGCGAAGAGCACAGGCCGGGGGGCCCCCGGGGGCCCCCGGGGGGCCCCGGGGGGCCCCCGGGGGCCCCCGCCGUGGCUGGGGCCCCCGCGCAGGCCCCGGGGGGGCCCCCCCUCAUCCCCGGGGGGCCCCCCAUCCUCGCCGCCCCCGCGCCCGGAGUCCCCAGACCCAGGAUACUGCUGCCCUCCCCAGGGGGGCCCCCAGGGGGGCCCCCCGUCCUCGGGUACCCUGCGCCCUUCUUCCCCAUGGCGCCCUUCGGGGGGCCCCCCAGGGGGCCCCCCCUCAUCCUCGCGGGGCCCCGACCCGCCCCCAUCACCAUCACCCCCGUCGCGCCCGGGGGGCCCCCGCUCAGCCCCGUCGCAGCCCCGCAGCAGCAGCAGCAGCAGCAGCAGCAGCAGCCCGCAGCAGCAAACCUGGACGCCCACGG